CUUUGGAAACCUUGUUCAUCAGAUUCUGCGCCUAAAAGGCGGUGGAAGGGUCAGUAUUGUUCCACCUAGUGAGAAACACGAGACAACCACUCGAUUUCUUUCGUCUCUGGACUUUUGGUAGGCUGCAUCUGUCUCGCAAUAAGUGUUAGAAUUUAGAAAACACGCAUGUGGAGGAGUUGGGGCUGUUGAGAGAUUGAACUGUCCAUUUGGCUUAGCUGGAUCUAAGUCACACGCCUUCUCCACGACCUCAAUGUCCCAUUCGGAUGCUUGCCCAAGCUCUGGUGUCAGAGGAGCACCUAAUUGCUUCUGAGUAUCGCGAGUGGGGGGGAUGGAUCAUCAUCGGCGCAAAAUUUUGCCAGAUUCUGAUUAUCUUCACAUCUUCGCCUCUGGCAAAGAACCUCCUGAUCUUCAUGAUUCGUCGGCAAAAUCCAUGUAUUUCUGAUCCCGAUGGCGUUGGCUAAUGGGAUAUCGCUCUAGCUGGACCAUGCAACGCAGGAAGCAUGGGCAGCUGAGGCAGAUACUGCGAUGAAGGACGUGAUUAAAGCAUACGAGAAAUGGCG